AUGAAUCGAGUCCGUUGGCCGCCGCGGGCGGCCCACUACAGCCUGUCCAGCAGCGUCAAGAAGGUCGGAGGCGAGAAAGGUCAACUGGAAUUAUUCGUCGACUGUGCCAACCCCGUCGAAGAUGGCAUCAUGAAAGUCAGCGAGUUCGAGGCCUUCUUGAACAGCAGGAUCAAGGCCAACAACAAGACCAACAACCUCGGGAAGGAGAUCGUCGUGUCCCGCGAAAAAAACAAGAUCCUCAUCACCUCCAACAUCGCGUUCUCCAAAAGGGAGUCACGCAUCGCGCUGAGGAUAGAUCCAGACUUUGAAUUGCCCCCGUUCUCAUUCCACGUAUCUGAAGUAUCUCACCAAGAAGUUGUUUCGACCACCAAAGACGCCUUCGAGCUCGUGUACCACAAAGUGCCCAACGAAGACGAGGGCGAGGAGGAAGAGGCAAACGAAUGA